AUGUCCAUGGCCCUCAGGCGGCUCCGACCUUGGGCCUUCCCUCUCUUCUUCCUUGUCCUUUUCUCCUACGAUGAAUCUGGUCUUUGGAGCAGAAGCAGGACUAGGAGUGGAGUCGCGCAGGCCACGCAGAGAGUCUUCCUGUAUCCACAGGCUCCCAAGGUCUCCUCCAUCGUGAGCAGCAAGUACAGGACUGCCUACCACUUCCAGCCUCCCAAGAACUGGAUCAACGGACCAAUGUACUACAAUGGUAUCUAUCACCAAUUCUACCAGUACAACCCAAAUGGUUCUCUCUGGGGUAACAUAGUCUGGGGCCACUCGGUCUCAACAGAUCUCAUCAACUGGAUUCGGCUUGAACCGGCGAUAGAACGGACGACUCCGAGCGAUAUCAAUGGCUGCUGGACAGGUUCAGCCACAAUCCUCAAGAGUGACCAGCCUGCCAUUAUAUACACUGGUGCUGACAUGGAGAAGCGUCAGGGAGUGGAUCAAGCCAGACAACAACUCACUGAUCCAACCAGUUGGACAAGGAUUGAACCCAAACCAGUUCAGAGAUCCGACGACCGGUUGGAUCGGACCCCAGAUGGGCUGUGGAGGAUAGCAGUUGGGGCUGAACUGGACGGCUACAGUGCUGCACUUCUGUACAAGAGUGAGGAUUUUGUGCACUGGACUAGAGUGGAUCACCCACUAUACUCUUCCAAUGACUCCACCAUGUGGGAGUGCCCGGAUUUCUUCGCAGUGUUACCGGGCAAGAACAUUGGGCUGGACCUGUCGGCGGCGAUCCCGAAUGGCACCAAGCAUGUCCUCAAGAUGAGCCUUGACAAUUGUGACAAGUACAUGAUUGGUGUUUAUGAUCUGAAAAGUGAUGCCUUUGUGCCAGAUUCCGUUCUUGAGGACCGAAGACUGUGGUCAAGGAUUGAUUAUGGCAAUUACUAUGCUUCAAAGUCGUUCUUUGAUUCGAAGAAAGGCAGGAGGAUCAUAUGGGGUUGGACAAAUGAGACAGACAGUUCGUCGGAUGACGUUGCCAAAGGUUGGGCUGGAAUCCAUGCAAUCCCCAGGACUAUAUGGUUAGAUAAAGACAGUAAGCAACUGCUGCAAUGGCCAGUUGAAGAGAUUGAGUCGCUUCGAGGAAAAGAAGUCAGCCAGCAAGGCCUGGAGCUCAAGAAGGGGGAUCUGUUCGAGAUUAAGGAAAUUGAUACUCUGCAGGCAGAUGUGGAGAUAGAUUUCGAGCUUACAUCCAUAGGAAGUGCCGAUCCUUUUGACCCUUCCUGGCUCUUGGACAUCGAGAAGCACUGUCGGGAAGCAGAUGCGUCGGUUCAUGGAGGCGUAGGCCCAUUUGGGCUUGUGCUUCUUGCAUCUGACAACAUGGAAGAGCACACCUCUGUGCACUUCAGAGUUUAUAAAUCACAGGAGAAGUACAUGGUUCUUAUGUGCUCUGAUCUGAGAAAGUCGUCCUUGAAACCAGAACUGUACACACCAGCCUAUGGAGGCUUCUUUGAGUUCGACCUCGAGAAGGAAAAGACGAUAUCUUUGAGAACUUUGAUCGAUCACUCUGCGGUGGAGAGCUUCGGUGGAGGUGGCAGGGUCUGCAUCAUGGCUAGGGUCUAUCCUGUGGCGCUCACUGAUGAUGGCGGCACUCGCUUGUAUGCCUUCAACAAUGGCACUACAACCGUCAGAGUGCCUCGGCUAAAGGCAUGGAGCAUGAGGAGAGCACAAGUUAAUGUUAAGAAGGGAUAA